UCUGGAGAUCCGGAAGAGGAGACGCUUGGAAUACAUCUGCUAUCAGCUGAACAGGGUUAUCAGCAGUGGUUUCUUAUUUCUGCGUGCUAUAUGAGCUGGUAACAGAAGGGAUCAGGGCAGAAUAUGUGGAAAGCAGCAGCUGGCCAGUCUGUUACCAUUGGUGUGGAGGAUGGUGGGGAUGACUGGGAGACAGACCCAGACUUUGAGAAUGACGUGUCAGAGAAGGAGCAGCGAUGGGGUGCCAAGACCGUGGUGGGUUCUGGACAUCAGGAGCACAUUAACAUCCACCAGCUGCGGGAGAACGUGUCGACAGAGCACAGCACGCUGAAGCAGAGGGAGCUGGAGGACAUGCCCAAGGCCUCGCAUGGGUAUGGGGGCAAGUUCGGGGUGCAGUCGGACCGCAUGGAUAAGUCUGCUGUAGGUCAUGAGUACCAGAGCAAGCUAGCCAAGCACUGCUCACAGACCGACACCUCGAAGGGCUUUGGGGGCAAGUUUGGAGUGCAGGCUGAUCGCGUCGAUCAGUCAGCAGUUGGAUUUGAGUACACUGGCAAGACGGAGAAGCACUCCUCACAGACAGACUACUCCACAGGGUUCGGGGGCAAGUAUGGGGUGCAGGCGGACCGCGUCGACCAGAGCGCGGUGGGCUUCGAGUACCAGGGCAAAACGGAGAAACAUGAGUCCCAAAAAGAUUACAGCAAAGGCUUUGGCGGUAAAUUUGGCGUGGAAACGGACAAGGUGGACAAGAGUGCCGUGGGCUUCGAGUACCAGGGGAAAACGGAGAAGCAUGAGUCGCAGAAAGACUACACGAAGGGCUUCGGGGGGAAGUUUGGCGUGCAGACGGACAGACAGGACAGGUCGGCCAUGGGUUGGGACCACCAGGAGAAGCUGCAGCUCCACGAGUCACAGAGAGACUACUCCAAAGGGUUUGGUGGGAAGUAUGGUGUUCAGAAGGACCGCAUGGAUAAGAGUGCAGGCACCUUUGAAGAGAUUCAGAAACCGAGCUCGGCCUAUCAGAAAACGAAACCGGUAGAGGCUGUGGCCAGUAGCGCGGGGUGCAUCAAGGCACGUUUUGAGAGCAUUGCCAAGGAGAAGGAGGAUGAGGAGCGCAGGAGGGCGGAGGAGGCGCGGGCACGGCGGCAGGCCAAGGAGAAGCAGGAGCAGGAGGACGCACGCAGGAAGAUGGAGGAGAACAGCGCACACCUGCAAGAACCCAAGCCCAGCACCCAGAAAGCUGAUCAGCCUCAGGACCGCACUCAGGAGGCAGCGCCGAAGGAGCCUCGCCAGCAGGGGGCGAACUAUGAGAACCCUGACGAGGAAGCCCAGCUCCAAGGAGAUGGCCAGACCUACGAAGACUACGGGGAGGACCUGGGGGUCACUGCUGUUGCUCUGUACGACUACCAGGCAGCUGGCGAUGAUGAGAUUUCCUUCGACCCUGACGACAUCAUCACCAACAUCGAGAUGAUCGAUGAGGGCUGGUGGAGGGGUGUGUGCAAAGGGGCCUACGGGCUUUUCCCUGCCAACUAUGUGGAGGUCAGGCAGUGAAGCCCCAACCCCCCUCUGCUGCGGCCACACCCUCUCCUCUCAUCUCUGCCUGUCCUCUGCCGGGGCUUUCUCAUACCGCUGGCUCCUGGAGUCCCCUCUCCUUCAUCCUGCUCUUCCUCUCCCCCUCCUGUUCCUCAGAAGAGGAGGUGGGCUGGAAGGUGGAUGCAGGUUCAUCAUUACAUGUGUCUCUUGAAGUAGUGGGAGCAGAGGAAAAGGAAGCAAGCUUCUAAAGCACUGCUCUGGCUUAGGAUCACACACACACUUGCCUUUACAGUAACACAACAUUUGGUCUCAAAUGCACUACGUCCACAGGCGAACCACAUCUCUCUCUCUCUUAAAGAAGGGGAUAUAUGUGUUCCAAUCAAUGUUUUCUAAUUUAUUUUUUGAUAUUUCUUUUUAUUUUUAUUAAUGCAUACACUGUUAUUGAUUCAAUGUAAAUGUAUUACUGUGGCAUUAUGAAAAAUGUGGGUGCUUAUAGUCCAGCUCCAAGACCACCUAAAAUAUCAAGCCCAUGGUUUGGUGUAAAGGUGACGAGUUGAGGUUCUCGUGGUCAACAAGGGGUUCUUUAGUGGUUAAUGAGGUUGAACGCUGACCGUACUCUGAAGUCCCAGGGCUGCUGGGAAAUGACUGCUAGCAAUGGGCAGAGCCAUGUCCUGAACUUGUAAAGGUUGAAAAGAUGUUUUGUCAUUAAUUGGAAUUAAACAGGGAGAGUCAUUUCAAAAUCUCUAUGCAGAGCAAAGAAGUGAUUGGCUCUUAAAUUGCAGUGAUUGACAUCACAUCACUGGGGUGGUGAAGCCUCAGUAUCCCCUUACUCCCAGUACUGCUCACAUACGAGUAUACAGCCUCGCCACACCUGUAUUGCCGGAUAGAGUUAACUUAACUGCUUUCCACAGCUAUUAUUUAUUGCUAGUGCUACUUGAAAUGGUGCCGGUGAAGUACAAAUUACUGCUGUCUGCAGAGGCGAGACAAAACACAAUGUGUCUUGCAAUUCUCAGUGGAGCAUUAUGUCAUGUCUGUGGAUUCAGGUCUAAUACACAGUUUACCAUACAGCCUUCUUAGAGAUUCUGCGUAGUUGGUAGAUUCAGUCAGCAUACAUUAAGAGAAUUGAAAGAAAAAAAAACAUUUUUUCUUGUUAAAAUGAACUAUGUAAAGGUGUUUGUGGGCAUGCCAUGCUAUUUUGUUUAUAUUUAUUUUUUCACUGCUUGUGGGAUGAGAGGGAGCCAUUUCAGGGUCACAUUAACAUAUUAAUUGUGACCAACAAAUUAUAUUGAGCGAGUGAAUCAAUAAGACUGGGAAAUUAGGUAGCUAUAGUUGAGAUUUUAUUGGCCAGUCUGAAACAGUCUCACAUUGUGGUCUUGUCCCAAAUGUAUUAGUGUUGUUGCUGUAGAGGACAUUGUGCUCAGUGGGUUUGAGUUUUAUAAUAAAGCGAA